AUGUAUCUCAGUGAAGCCAUCCGACACGAGAAAAAGGACACCCAUGUACUGAUAGCUCGUCGAAUGGAAGCUGCUCUCUCGCUGGACAACGUGUCUCCUGUAGAACCUGCCAGCCCGCCACAAAUCAUGUCCAGUGACCCGCCUGAAAUCUUGUCGUCGUCUCCGAUUGCCUCGCCUGCAGCGCUUGCAGGUCCCGCCCUCGCUAACGACCCUCCCGAAACUAUCUAUGACGACUUCUCUAUGGCAUGGUCCUCUGCGCAAACCAGAGAUUCAGUGUCGCCUGACGAGCCUGCCGCGGAUGCCUCAAGCUCGGUGGACAUGUGGUACCCUGCGGAUAGUGCGCAAGAGACAGACGCGGAUGUUCGCGGAGAGACCGAAGAUGGCUCUGAAGCUCUUUUGGAUGCGCAAGAGGACUCGGACGAAAGUGACGGCGGGUCGUGGGAGGACGAAGAGGUCCCCGAUGAGACGACCGAAGACGAGGUCCUGCCAGACUCCAGCGGGCAAUACUUCCCAUGGGGUUCGAAGCAGAAAUGCACGACGUCUGUAUUGACAGCGUUUCCCCGCUCCGUCUUCUCGGAGAAGGAGCUGUCUGCUAUGCGAUGGGCUGCUAUGGGCUGCGGAGCGACUGACGUCCCGACGGCCAAGCAAAUCGCAUAUUCUCGCCAGCAGAUUAUCGACGUAUGCGGAGCGUCGGCCAAAAAAAUGACAGGCGCGUUUGGGAAUACGUUCACUGUCCUAGACCUGGCCACUAUUCUUGCGCAUGAAUGGGCUAAUCCUCUCGUUCGUCCUCACGUUGCAACCUUACCGGAGGAUGGCAAUGGCGGCAUGGAUCGGCGUUCGCAGGCCUCAAAAUGGCGAAAAGAGGUGGACCCACUCCUUGGCGGGCCAAUGGUUCGCUUCGGCGGCAAAGACUACUACGUCGAGGAGCCCGCGCUCGCAUUCGUUGGACAUGAGGGCUUCGCGAGUCCUGUCCUGCCCCUUCGAUUCUUCACCCGCGAGGGAAAGCCAUGGGCAGAGGCGCGACUCUUACGUGUCCAUCCAACUCAGAACGAAUUUCUGAUAGAUGUACGAUCGCCCUCGAAUCUCGAGAUUCCCCUCGCCUCCUUCGCUCUGCCAUAUCCCGAGUUUGUGCUUGCUCAUGCUACGCUCGGAUACCCGAAUCCGGAGCAGAUUCAUGGAAUGGUCACGGCUGGCGCACAGUGGGUACUGGACGAGCUUGUGAUUGAGGACUGCAAUCUUCGGUCUCCAAAUCCCUACCGCGCGAAGGCGCAAGGGCGCCAGAUCCUUUCCGUACCUAUAUCGUGCUAUUGCGACGACACCUCGGGGAACGUCUCGAAGAAGUGGAACAAACACAAUUCCAUCCUCUUCACGCUUUCGGGACUGGCCCCCGAGUACAUACACUUACUCUACAACAUUCACUUCCUUGCCACGAGUAAUACGGCGCCACCACUAGAGAUGUUCGAAGCGGUGGUAAAGCAGAUACAGGAGAUUCGGCAAGCUGGGGGUGUGGAAGCGUACGACUGUAAGCUUGAGGAGGAGGUACUCUUGAUGCCCUGGGCGAUGGACUUCGACGGGGACAACCCCAUGUCGAGCGAGUUCUCGUGCCAUGUUGGCUUGUCUGGCAAAUGCAUGUGCCGUCUGUGCAUGGUGGAAGCGCCGAAGGAGAGUGAGAACCGCGAUGAGGAGCAAGAACGUGUUCGUAAACUAUUAUCGACUGCAGCGCCGCGUUCGAAGGCGGAUAUUCGCCUCGCCUUAAAUCGACAACUUGACGAGGUUCUGCGCGGCGCCCCAUCAAAUAUGUCAACAAUCGCGACCGAGACAGGCGUCAAGGACAAGUAUUUCCAGCACUUCGCCGAUGAGCUUGCUAGCGCAUGCGCGAGAAUCAAGGAGAAGCGGCAGGAAGACCCGGCCUACCAAGGGACACAGUACCUCAUUGACGAGAUGAAGCGCUUACGCUCGGAGAUGCCAGAAGACAUCUUCAGUCCCGUCUUGCGUCUUGAUGAGUUUGACCCUGCUACCGACACGCCUGUUGAGAUCUUACACGUCGUCCUGCUCGGCUUUGUUAAAUACUUCUGGCGCGACGCUGUCUCUCGACAAAGUGAUCGCGGCAAGGAGAUUCUCAUUGCACGCAUCAACAGCUUCGAUACGAACGGUCUUAACGUCGCUCGGGGACGCGGUGCUACGCUCGUAUAUUAUGCCGGCUCUCUGACUGGUCGUGAUUUCCGCCUUGUUGUCCAGAUGGCUCCCAGUAUAUUGCCAGGCCUGGUGCCCGACGUCGUUUACGAUGCUUGGCUCUCCCUUUGUCGCCUUUGCCCCCUGCUCUAUCAGCACGAGAUCUCUGAUGUAUCGGCUUAUGUUGUACGCUUGGAGGCGGCCAUUGAUACGUUUUUGGCCACUACCGCCUUAUGGAACACGGCGUGGUUCAACAAGCCGAAGUUCCACAUUCUCCUGCACGCGCCUGCGCAUAUUAGGCGCUUGGGACCCGCCCCCUUGAUGUCAACUGAGGGCUACGAGUCAUUCAACCACGUCAUCCGCUGCCGAAGCGUUCAUUCCCCACGCCACGCCCCAAGCCAUGAUAUCGCCCAGUCAUUCAGCUGGAUGCAUGCCGUACGGCACUUGCUGAGCGGCGGGUACUUUCAGUCUGGGGCGCUAGGGCAUCAACGCCGAUGGCGUCAGGCUGGCUGCAGCGUUCUGAAGAUGAUCCACUCUGAUGCAAAUCUGGUCAAGUUUAUGGGUAUGACCAAGGUUCUGCGCCCUUCGAACGCAGGUCAAUUCAAGGUCAUGCCCAAUGCACUCCCUCUCGAACGUCAAGACGUGCAGAGACUAUGCACCAGGCAGACUCUGUCAUCGAAGGAGCUGCCCUCGCCUGUCAUGCACAGCUGUUCAAAGGUCAUUAUCUCGAAUGGAGAUACCGUUGCUCCUGGCGGCUUCGUUCUGGCUCGAAAUGGUGGCGCUUCCCCUGCACUGAUCAGCAAGGUUGUUUCAAUUCUAUGCGAUAACCGCACGUCGACCGUACUCGGCCUCCUCCUGCAGCCCUUUACGAUUGGUCCUUUGGCUUUACCCUAUCGCCUCCCUUCUAUCGCCAAAGACGCGGUCACGCCAGGCCUCAGUUGGUGUUCAUUUUCAGACUGUGAAGCCGCAGUCUCUGUAUUUCACAACUGCAAGAGGAACGGCUGCGUGGCCUCUCGCACACGAGCCGUCAAGCGCGAGCGCACAUCCACCACCUUGCUGGAGUGGGAAGUGCGCCACGAGAGCAGCCCCGAUGAUCUUGUCCUGAACCUCGCCCAACUACGGAGCGCCGCGUCACUACAACCACUUCAUCCACCUACCGAAAAUCCGUUCACCAACCGCGGUGAUCUCCUGCGUCGAGCAGUCACAAAUCGGAGGCGCAUCGUCGAGGAGGGCGAAAAAGAAGUACUGACCACAUCCGAACCUGCUGUGGAGUUGAGUUCCGCUUCUACAAGAAAGCGUACACGUAAAUCGAAGGAGAAGGCGAUUGCAGGAUCUGGAAAUGUGGCGGGCAUGCGUGAGGGAGGUCCAUCGACGAAGCGUGCACGCAAGGGGAAGGGGACGGUAGCUCCAGUUUCUGCUGCAUCACUGGCACCCGAAGGAGGAGCUCUCGCCAAUCCAUUGGUCGAUACUCUGAGCAGGAACGAAGGGCUCGUGCAGCAUGAUCAUGACCAUUCUCCCGUCAUUUCGUUACCCGAGGCCAUGCGAGGUCAGGCGAGUGCGCUCGAGCU